UAAUAACAUUAUGUAGGUAGUGACUAACAACAACAAAAUCAUGAAGAUUCCUUAUAUAGCAUUGCGCCGACUGCAAAAGUCUCAAUGCAUAGGUUAUACAAUCUCCAGGUCUUACCCUCUUGUUUGGCGCCGUGGAUAUAGCAAUUCCAAUGGCUCUCUUCAAGGUAACUUUGAGACUAUCAGGGCUGAGAUGCUGGCUCGCCCGGCUCAGUUAAGCUGGGAUGUCAUGUCACCAACAAAUUCCUCCCUUCUCAACAUAGCUCUAGCCGACUUCAUACCUAAAAAUUGUCAGGCUCCGGCAUACCAGGCGGGCGCUAGGACUAUCGAAAAAGUUGAUGCUAGGUACGAGCUUCCGCAAGGUCACCAUCUCGUUUACUUCCCGUUGCAGAAGACCGCCUCUGAGUUAUGUCACGACGGGACAGAUCCCUUACACAGUCCUGGCGGCCCGUUUGAGCGGCGCAUGUGGGCCGGUGGCUCUAUCGAGUUCAACGAUGAUUUUCGGUUGGACUCUUCGAAAGUUGUGUGUAAGGAGAAAGUAGAUCAGGUCACAGUGAAGGGGUCCGAGGGACAGGAGAAGAUCUUUGUUGAUGUACUACGCGAGUAUAUGAGAGAGGGCGACUUCAAUAAUCCGUCUACGUCUCGGGGGAUCAGAGAGCGAAGAGGUCUCGUCUUCAUGCGUGGGGUAAAUAAAGAACAAGCCCGUGAAAACCUAGCAAAGGCAGCCUUAGGGAGAGGGAGAAUUGUCAAGGCCCCCAAUGCCCCCGAUUUCUCAAUCGCGCUCACGCCAACACCCACACUUCUCUUCCACUACAGCGCAUUGACAUUCAACGCACACUUGAUUCACUUGGAUCCAGAAUUCUGUCGUAAGGUUGAAGGGCACCGUAAUCUACUAUUCCAUGGCCCUCUCUCCCUUACCCUGAUGCUCUCCGUGCUAAGGUCGCGGCUUGAGCCGGAUGAGAAAGUCCACAAGAUCGACUAUCGAAACUUAGCUCCUCUCUAUGUUAAUGAACCUCUGCGUGUCUGUGUUAGGUACAGUGGAAAUGAGGAAGAGUCGGCAGAAGGCAAGUCCCGAAAAUGGGAGGUUUGGGUAGAGGACCGAGACGGGGGUCUCAGUGUAAGAGGCACCGCUGUAAGUCAAAGAAUACGUAAAUAGGGGCAGAUUAACGAGAACACAUUAGUGACUAUAAGAGCUAAAUAUACUAUACUGAUUUACAUACACUAGCAUAGGACAAUGGCCAGUCAGACAUUACGCAG